CGGGAUUACAAGAGUACACUAUGAUAUGGAUAUAAAGGUAUUAACUCUUGAAUUAAACAGUUUAUUUUGCUACAAAAUCUCAAACAGGCUACUGUUUUUUGACACAACUACGACGGAAUUACAGUUUGACAAAUAUUAUUUGACUUUAACGUCUACCACAGCAUAUAUUCAUAUUUAUUGUGAGUUUUAAAGUGCGAACUGAUUUUAUAAUGUUAAGAAGAUACGAACAGAUGUAAUUUUCUGUGUUUUAUUGAAGGCAAAAAUUAGAAGUCAUAUCAUUACUUUUUGAGUGCAUAAUCACGAUACCAUGCUUUAUAUCCCGGACCGUUAUUAUAAUAUGAUCUACAGAUAGCAUGCUGUAGACAACAAGUUAUUAAGAAACACAAAGCACAAUGAAGAAGCCCAAAAGAUGUCUCAAACUAAACAGCCUUCCCUUCGACAUCAUCUCCCAUCCGACCCAGGACCUCACAGCAGUCAGCACCAUCGAGGGUGAGAUCGUCUUCCUCUCCCUGCAAGAUGAUAUCUCCAAAAUAGAUACUGUUCUACAGCACGCGGACUCUUGUCGGCGUAUUUUGUUUUCAGGCACUUCACUCCUGUCCAUUUCAAGUGACAAAUCAUUUUGUGUGUGUGAUAUUGAGACUAGGAAAGUACAGCAUAGGUAUCAAAAUGCUCACGAUAAUCCGCUGUAUGCACUGUGUGAAGUCAGGGAUGGGAAGGUAUUCGCUACUGGGGAUGAUGAAGGGGUUAUAAAAUUGUGGGAUCUGAGAAAAGAAGAACCCAUCGUGAUGAUACAACCAGAGCACGACAACUUCAUCUCCUCCUUCUCAGUCGACUCCACAGGAUCCACCCUGGUAGCUGCAUCUGGAGAUGGCCGCCUCUCUGUCUGGAACUCACGACAACGCAAACUCAUAGCACGUUCUGACGAGUGUGACAGUGAGCUGUUAACAUGUGACGUGGUGCGUACCAACAGUAAAGUUGUGUGUGGGGACGGAGAGGGGGUGUUGAACAUAUUUACGUGGGACAACUGGGGGGAUAUAUCAGACAGGAUAUCCGUUCAGGAGGAAGUGAGCGUGGAUACUGUGUUGUGUUAUUCUGAGGAUAUUCUAGUUUUAGGAUGUAUGGACGGUGUUAUCCGAGCUACCUCCCUCUUUCCUCACAAACCCCUGACCCACAUUGGGGAUCACUCUGAUAACUCUAUAGAGGCCUUGUGUUUGUCGCAUGAUGAAGAGGAGAUCUUGUCAAUAGGACAUGAUUAUUUUGUUCGGGCGUGGUCCGUUGAGAAACUGGAUGAGGAUAUUAAGAAACUUUCUGUUGAGGACAGUGAUAAGGAUAGUGGUGAUUCAGAGGAUAAUGAUGAUGAUGAGUCAGAUUCGUCAGAAGAUGAGCAACCUAAGAAAAAGAAAUUAAAACAUAUUAGUUCGAAGGAAAUUAAGUCGAACGAGACUGCUGAUUUUUUCAGCGACUUAGCUUAGCUUACUUUUGUAGAACGUUUUAAGAGAAUAUUGACUACCGGUUUACUUUUUAUUUAACUUAUUUCUUUUUCCCGUAUAAUUGACUAUAGUAUGGUAUUUUUACUGCCU